AUCCAUCAAGAUAGCCAAUCCCAGCAGCGUAAGGUCGGAAUACGGGUGGGAAAUAAACGCUGCUGGGCUGUGAUUGGUUGCUCUGGCGCGCGCGGAUAAAGUAUAGUCCCCGUAGUUACCGCGCGGUUCUGGAGUCGCGCGCCGCCGGAUCACACAGGUGGAUCUUCAGUGAUAGGAGACAGCGCGCGAGCCGGGAUGGAGCCGUUAUCAUCACCGUCAUCACCCUGACCCACCUGUACACCAGGACCAGGACUAGAACCAGGUCAAGAACCUUUAUAGGACCAGGACUAGAAUCUCUCCAGAACCAGGACAAAAACAAGGACAUGAACCAGGACUAGAACCUUUUCAGAACAUGGACUUGAAACAGAACCAGGACUAGAACUUCUACAGAACCAGAACCACGACUAGGAUCUCUCAAGAAUCAGGACUUGAACUGGGACUAGAACCUCUCCAGGACCAGAAGCAUGGACCCGCUGUUCAGCAGUGAGGAGGACCCGGACCGCGACUGGACCAACAGCUCGUUCCUCAACGACACCGACUUCUUCUCCAACCAGUUCGUGCAGCCGGUGUGGCAGGUGGUUCUGUGGGCCGCGGCGUACGGCGGGAUGGUUCUGGUGUCGGUGGUCGGGAACGCGGUGGUGAUCUGGAUCAUUGUGGCCCAUAAGCGGAUGCGGACCGUCACCAAUUAUUUUCUGGUGAAUUUAGCGUUCGCCGAGGCCUCCAUGUCCGCCUUCAACACCGUCAUUAACUUCAUCUACUCGGUCCAUAACGAGUGGUACUUCGGUUCCGGUUACUGCCGCUUCCACAACUUCUUCCCCAUCGCCGCCGUGUUCGCCAGCAUCUACUCCAUGACCGCCAUCGCCCUGGACAGGUACAUGGCCAUCAUUCACCCCCUGCAGCAGCGUCUGUCCUCCGCGGAGACGAAGCUGGUGGUGGGGGUGAUCUGGGUGCUGGCGUUUCUGCUGGCCUUCCCUCAGUAUUAUUACUCCAGUACAGCCCAGCUCCCCGGACGCGUCGUCUGCUUCAUCGACUGGCCUGAGUACAGCGUCUGGGACUUCAAACAGAUGUAUUAUGUGUGUGUAGUGGUGCUGAUCUACUUCCUGCCGCUGCUGGUGAUGGGUUGUGCGUAUCUGGUGGUGGGCUGCACCCUGUGGGCCAGUGAGAUUCCCGGAGACUCUUCAGACCGGUACCGAGAACAGCUCAACGCCAAGAGGAAGGUGGUGAAGAUGAUGAUCGUGGUGGUGUGCACCUUCGCGGUGUGCUGGCUGCCGUAUCACGUCUACUUCCUGCUGCACCAGUUCUUCCCCCACCUGUUUGAGGAGCGCUUCAUCCAGCAGGUGUAUCUGGGGAUAAUGUGGCUGGCCAUGAGCUCCACCAUGUACAACCCCAUCAUCUACUGCUUCCUGAACGACAGGUUCCGGGCCGGGUUCCAGCGGGCGUUCUCCUGGUGUCCUUGUGCUCCUCGGGGCUCCUACGAAGGUCUGGAGCUGAAGUCGACUCGGUACCUGCAGACCCAGAUCAGUCUGUACCGGGCCAGCCGCAUGGAGACCACCGUGUCCACCGUGACGCCCCCCGAGGAGGGAGAACCUCCGGAGAACCAGACCCGGUUCUCAGUGGACCUCACCUCCAACGGCUCGUCCAGAAGUGCCUCCAAGACCGUCUCCGAGUCCUCCAGCUUCUUCUCCAGCAGUAACCUCGCCUAGACUGGACUAAAGUGAGCUUUCAGAACCGGACCAGCCCACUCUCACUCAGAUCACCAUGUUCACACCAUCAUUCACCAGGAGAAUCUUCAUCAGAGUUAGACUGAUCUAUCAGUGUCUGUCUGAGCGAAUCGAAUGAACAGAGACUCAAACUCGACUAGAGAUGCAGCCAGAUCAACAUUUUAGGCUGAAACUGAAACCGAAGAAAAAACAAUAUCAGAUCUCAAACACUAAAACAAGUUUUUCGCAGGAUUUCAGUACAUUUCCCAUUUUUUUCACCAUUGAAUAAAAAGUAUUAGUAUCUUUUUUGAAUAAAAAGUAAAAAGAAAUGAGUUAAUUAGCUAAAAAAAGUAAUUAGUUACAGUUAUCUACCAUUUAAAACAAUUUAUCGAACAUCCCAGCAGACAAACCAACAAAGCACAACACAUUUACCUCAACAGUGUUAUUCUAAUCACGAGUUUAGCUCAUCAGUGUUAUUCAAGUCAAAAACCUAGCUAGCUCUACCUCAGCAGUGCAGUUUUAGUCGUAAAUUUACAUCAGCAGUGCUGAAGUGCUCAAGACAUGUGUGAGUAAAAUACACACAGAGAAAUGCCAAAAAAGCCUAAUCUUUUGUAAUACAAACAAAUAAAAUACUAAGCCUGAGUUAGCUCGGCUAACGUUACUAUCCUAGUCCUGUAGAGCUCGUAUAUUUCAGCUGAAAGCAACCAAAAAGUAAACUGAUAGUGAUAGAGUGAGUAGAUAGUUACUAAAAAUGAACUUAAACCUGCAGUUUAUGAGCUCCCCCUGCUGGCUCUCUCCCACCCUCCCUGCACUGUGUUUGACUGGAUUGACUGAAGUUUAGUUCACUUAUUUACUCUAUGUAACAUUUAAGUCUUGAAACGAAAUAAAAUUUACUUAAAAAAGCAAAUGCAUAAAGUUGCAAAACUUGUUUUAAGUAAAUUUUACUCAUCAAUUUUUUUCCCUGCACUACACCAACUAUUAAUAAGUUAUAUAUAUUAUUUUGGUUGCCAAUAUGUGUUUUAUCCCUCAGACCACCGGGGAAGGCUCUCCUGUAGAGACGCUUUAUAAAUACUGUUGUUUAGUAAAUAUCUGAACAUCAUCAUACGAUCCCGUCCUUCAGUCCUGAACCCUGCAGAAACGUGUCCUCAGAUCAGCUCUGUCCCCGACGUCCUUUACCCAGCUGCUCUUCAGGACAGGGGUACAGCAGCAGCAGGACGGGAUGGAAAGAGAAGCGCUGAUGACUCUGAAUCUUCAGCACCUGUUUGGUUCAGGUUACCGGAGGGGACGUGACAAUGGACCGUGCCGGAUUUGACGGGACGGGGGACCGGGACGGGGUCAUGGGACAUUUAUAGUACAGUGACUGAUACAAUGCAAACACUGGAACAAAAUAACUCUCAAACUAUACGUCCCUCAGAUACACACUGCUUACAUUCACAUCUACUGAAGCAGUGUAUGGACAAAAGUAUUGGGAAAACGGGUGAGCGAGAUAUAUAUUUUGGUGGUAUGACAAAACACUGAAUUAAAAAAUAUAUAAUUUCAAGAAUACACUACUGCAACAAAAUGAAAAUGAAAUUUUAUUAUUGCAUACUAUAUGAUAUGGCACACCCCUAACUGAGAUAUUAAAAAAUACAAUAACUUUAUCAGAUCUGUAACAGAAGUCAAUGAUCCAGAAUUAUUAUUCAUGAUACUAAUAAUAAUAAUAAUAAUGCACACAUAUAUCUCCAUAUAUCCAGGAUUACAGUAAAAUAAAUGAUACUGGACAGAUAUAAUCUGUCUCUAGUAGAUAUAUAAUGGGAAAUUAUGAGAACAGUGUGAUUUUUUUCUUUUGAUAAAAACAGUAAAAAAGUAGAACCCUGAUGUGAUAGUUAGGGGGUGGGUGAUAUGGUGCCAUAUUUCAGGGUAUAAUGUACAGUAGUUCACCAUAUUCAAAAAUGUUGGUGAUAUUAUUGCGUACGAUUUGAUAUUAUUAUUAAUAUCAUGAUAUUCUGGAUCAUUGACUUCUGUUACAGUAAAUCUUAUAAAAUUCUUGUAUUUUUCUUGUAUUUUUUAUCCACCCCUAGUUUUUUAGUGAUGUUUUCAGUAAUACUUUUUGGACCUUUUUGAGAUCUGAAGCCAAGCUCUUAAGCUCUUUUUAAUCUCUUUUAAUUGUUCUUCUCUGUAUCAAACGCUGUGAUUAAUCAAAUCUGGCUGAUCAGAUGAGUUUUAAAAAUAUAAUCUUAGAAGUUUAAGGUUUAAGGUUUUUUAAUGAAGCUUAUUUUGGUGAGAUAUUUGGCGGACGUUACAGAAUAGAAAUAUAAUUAAUUUUUUCCAUUCAACAGAUUUUCACUCGUUCCCAGAAUCAUAUAAAUACAGUAAGUACACUGACAUGCCAAAAGUCAUGGGAGGGACAGCAGUGUGUAAAUGAAUGAUCAUGAAGUUUUAACUCAGGCUCAGGCUUGGGAACACCUGAUCACACCUGUGAGGUCUGUAAGUUGUGAGGUGCUAUCUUGUGAGUGAGGUUGAAGAUUGAACCCUGGUCUGUGCUCAUGGAUGGAUGGUAAGGCCAGGUGAAUUAUGGGAGAUGUAGUGAGGACUGAUAGUGGGAGUGUGGGUGAGUGAGUUUUAGAAGACUAAUAUUACUUCCCACAGAUUCCAUGGGACAUGCCAAAAGUCAUGGGACAGCGUAUUAAUGGCAUGUCAGCGUAUAGUAAAUUGAUUUUCCUCUACUUUACUGCGCUUUAUAUAUAUAAAUCAUUCAGAAUGUUUAGUCUGGGAAAUUUGCACGCAUUUGAUGGAUGCGUGGCUGCUAAUGAUGCGAGGUUUUAUCUUUUCUCAUUUGGGUGUUACAUAACGAUGGUUUUUGUGUAAUUAAGGAGAUGUAUUGUUCUGGGCUCUGGCAGCGGCACAGCGCCGCUCGCUAAUAACGAUAUUCCUCACUAAUAACAGAUUAGCUGAUAUUUUAGAGCCGUUUUACACAGAGAGACGGAGCAGUAAUGAGACGUCCAGCUGCAGAAUAACAGAGUCUUUAUUUUACUUAGACAGGUGUAGAAUUACUGCGUCUGAGAGAGUAUUAAUAACUGUAUCAUACAGAAUCCUCUCUGUUUCUGUCCCGUUUCUCCGGAUCUGUACGGAUAUAUUUAAUACCAGUCUUUGUUUUAUUGGGUGGCGUGUGAGUGUGUGUGUGUGUGUGCCCGCCUGUCUGCCCCCCACAGCUGUGAGGGCACAAAUUACAGACCCGCCUCUUUUGUUGGGCAGAUGUGAGACGUGUCUUUGAUCUUCCUCUCAGGACAAAGAAGCUCCAUCUCAACCCGCAGCCUUUGAACUGCCCACCAGCUGCAGCGCCACCAUCAACACCAGCUCACAGCUACUGGUUCUACUGGUUCCCACUCAUUAGAACUCCCCCUCUAUCACUAGUGAUGCUCCAACACCAGGAGGGUGAAGAAGACCAGCACACGCCUCCUCCGCCACAGACUCCGCCUCUUUUUUAACCUUUUUGCCGAGUAGCAUCACAGCGCUAACGCUCGGAGGAAAGCGCAGCAACUCGGUUCUGAUACAUCAGCUCACAGACGCAGCCUUUUGCUGAUCCACAUCACCCUAGGAGUGAUGAGGGGAAAGAGAGAGCACUAUCUACUGUACUGUACCCACCCAGAGAGAGCAAGACCAGCCAACUGUGCUCUCUCAGACUCCGGCAGCUGAUGGCAAGCUGCAUGAACAGGAUUCGAACCGGUGAUCUGAUCAUAGUGGCAGCGCUUUAGACCGCUGGACCACUCAGAAGUGGUCCACUCCCCACAGGAUGUUACUUUUAACACUUUAAUCUUUAAUGUUAGCAUUCGCUUAGCUGAGAAACAUUCUAGUAACGUUGUGAUGCAAACUGUUAUUAUGUCACGUCCUUUAAAAAAGGAACCUUUUCAGAAUGUUGCUAAACUUACUUAUAACGUUCUCUGUUAGCUGGGAUUCAGUCGUGUUGCAGGAUCUUGAUAUUCUGAGGCUGAUCUCAGUUUGUCUGCUGUUUAUAUUUCUGUUGUGUUUUCAUGAACUCAACACCAGAGUAAAUUAAUUACAAAACCAAUUCCAGAAAAUGUAGAUGUUUUGUAAAUUGUAAAUAAGUGUAAAUAAAAAAGA